GACGGCAUACCUAAAGCAUACCUUCGCGGGCCCAGUGGGCGCCAUUCCUCUCCCGACACUCUCUUCUGCCGCUCGCGCGCUCACCCACGAGUAGUAAUUCCUUAUUCUUGCGAUCGCGUAGUACUCGAGAAUUCACAGGUCUCGCAUGCCGAUUCCGAACGGUACGAGCCGAGCAUAAAGUUCCCGCAACAACAUCACACGCUUGGCAAGCUGUGAAUAUAACCCAGGACUUGUCACCUGUCAAGGAGAACCUGUGAAAGUGCUUAAAAACAGUGCGAUAAAGAAAGAAACACGGUUUUGGAUGUAGUCGAAGACAUUGAGAGCAUAGACGAGUCCGAUACCAAUGUCGAUCAAUCUCGACUCUGUACUUUGGCACUGUUGCACAAUCGGCGCAUUGAGCGUAUGUUGAACGGUAGAACGUAUAACUUGUCGUAAUACAUGUACAGUGUGUUCAUACAGUUCCGAACAAAUCUGGAACCGAAGAAAACGCGGUGAAUUUGCAAUUCGUCAAACUGUCAUGAACCAUUGAACCGGUAACGGAGAUUCUUACCAGUUCGCCGAUAUUCGUUUUGUAAGAACGAUAAGAACCGUUUGAGAUAAAUCUGGAAAAGUACCCAUCAUCUUUUUCUUGUCGAGGAUAACGAGGGCGCGCUUCAUUUCUCGAUCGUGAUCGUUUAACAACGAGGGCGUAUCCCGCGGCUCCCUCGACGCUUGUUUUCCAGACUCUGGGUGUUAUGUGAUACACGGACAUAUCAUCGCAUACGUAGAAAGGAGUGACAGGCAUGCGCAUUGCCAACUGACGCACGUGUGUUGUUAAUUAAUAAUAAUGAAUGGGAUCAUCAGUCGGCACCCCCUGCAGUGUACGUGAGACGCGUUUAAUCGUCGGUAUCGUAGCCGUAGUUCCGAGUGUACUACAAAAAUUUCACUGAGAGCGUAAACAGAAGCGCGACACCGUUGUUCCUGGUUCAUUCGCGAGCAUGUCGUUAAAUUUCGCGAUGGCAUCCUAUGGCAUCAGAAUUCACUCGAUCGUAGCCACCGCGCUGAUAGUUGGAUUGACGAAUAGCAGUCUGCUCGGUGUACAAAUGAACGAGACGACCGGGGAAGAAUUCUUGAACGAAUAUCUGUCCCUCGACGAGAGCAGGUACUUGGCCGAAGUCCAAGAGUUCCGGGACACUGCGAUCGAGAUUGACCUCAUAGACGGAAAGAGGCAUCGGCAUCCUCACCAAGAUCAGCCCAGGGUCCUGUAUCAAAUUGGGGAAAGCGAACAGGAACUACCCGAGUGUUCGGACAGGAGCGAAGUCUGCAGCAAGGUGGAUUUAUACGGGGCACCAUGGGUGGAAAGGCAGUGUCGGUGCCCCGGCGGAAGAUCCUGUCCCAGCAGUCUUCACGCCGACGACGGACACACGAUAGUCGACAAAACGCGACAGUACAAACUUUGCGAACCGGUGAAGCGACUGCCGAUUUGUCGUUACUUCAAGGACGUUACGUGGACUUUGGCACCGGGUGGAGGUCCAGGAAACGCGACGGUUCAACGUGUGCAUUGCCGAUGUCGGCCAAGCAGCGUUCCCUACCUCGUGAGGAGGCAGCAGCACGUUUCGCCCGAAGGAAAUCCAGGAUUCAUAUACGCCUUCGCGUGCUCUCCGCAAAGCAGAUUACGUUGCCAGCACAAAGAGCCCUGCCGCCUUUUCACCGUGCGGAAAAGACGGAGUCCUCAGCUCGAGGAAGUCAACGCAUCGCCAUUGUGCCAAUGUCCGAAGGGUCACCGGUGUCCGAGACGUCACACCGACCCGGGAUCAUUGCCGGCACGCUCGUACUCCGGUGUUUUAGAAAUAAAGACGUACAGCGGCUACUGCGUUCCCUCCCAUCACUCCGAGCCCGUUUACACCCUCUAAACAUCGAAAUUUCAUCCAAAUUCUCUCCUUUCCUUUCAUUCCUAUUGUUAUUUUCUCAUUAUCUAUAUUUUUUUUUUUUUCUUUUCUUUUUUUAUACACAUAUAUAUAUUAUUUUUGUUUAUAAAACUUCUCGAAAAUAUCCUCAGUCGUUGUUCGUACGCGAAUUAUAUGUAUAUUAUGUAGCGUAAAAUGAAUAUGAAUAUGUAUGUUGUGUGAAAGAGCAGCAAGAGAGAGAAAGAGAGAGGGAGAGAGAGAGAGAGAGAGAGUGUGAGUGAGUGAGAGAACAGAAUGUUUUUUUUUUCUGUUUCAUUUUUUUAUAUCAUCAUUCUUUUCUAAAUCUUUAUUUAUCUCCCUUUUUUCUUUCUUACUCUUACAUUCCAUUCUGACCUGCUGAAAUUACCUGAAAAUCGAAUGUAGUGUGUUAAUCGUAGUGUCGGUUUAGUAAUGUGUAGUAUAUUACGUAGGCAUAAGCGCACACCUACAGGGUGAUUCGGAACUAUCGCGCCACAGGCUAGAAAUGUCUUACUCGUGAAAAUUUGUGGCUGAAACGUUUCUCGCUUCGGAUAGGAAGCCUGUCGAUUGCGAGUUACGGCCGUUCGUAAUUGGCCAAUCCGAUAGCAUCUGUGGCUCGGGAAAACGGCUGUAAUUCCUCGCAAACGACAAAGUUUCUAUAGAAAAAAAUUAAAAAACUUACGGCUGCAGAUUAUCACAAGAAACGCAUUGGUUGUCUAUGGAGUGAUAGUCCUGGGCCACCCUGUACAUAGUUAUAAUAUAAAAUGUGUAACAGAGCCUUGUAAAGGUCGCGAUAAGAUAUAUAGACGCAUGUUGUAUAAAUAAUAAGGUAGAGAGAAAAAAAAAUGACAAACAAUAUAUGUAC